CUUAGUUUCCCCUUCGGGAAAUUGGAGAAUCUUGAUACCUCUCUGGCAUCCAGCAGGAGCUUAAUAAAUGGCCAAGUCAUUGUUGGCUUUCUAAAUAAGGCUCUGUUAGUGUCUAGGUCUGGCCGUGGUCCGAAUGUCCCCGGGCGGCCCGCCGAGGGGCGGACACAGAUCGUGCUAUAAAGCAGCGGCGGCGCACGCAGGAGCACUACGAAGCGUAGGGCGGCGGCGGAGAAGGAGCAGGAUGGAGAUCCCGGUGCCUGUGCAGCCGUCUUGGCUGCGCCGCGCCUCGGCCCCGCUGCCCGGGCUUUCGGCGACCGGACGUCUCUUUGACCAGCGCUUCGGCGAGGGGCUGCUGGAGGCCGAGCUCGCUGCGCUCUGCCCCGCUGCGCUGGCGCCCUACUACCUGCGCGCACCCAGCGUGGCGCUUCCUGCCGCCCAGGUGCCGACUGACCCCGGGCAUUUCUCGGUGCUGCUGGACGUGAAGCACUUCUCACCAGAGGAAAUUUCCGUCAAGGUGGUUGGUGAACAUGUGGAAGUGCACGCUCGCCAUGAGGAGCGCCCGGAUGAACAUGGCUACGUUUCUCGGGAGUUCCACCGCCGCUACCGUUUGCCUCCUGGCGUGGACCCUGCCGCAGUGACAUCAGCGUUGUCGCCUGAGGGUGUUCUGUCCAUCCAGGCCGCACCUGUACCCGCUCAGGCCCCACUGCCACCACCAGUUGCUGCCAAUUUGGGGUCUGGGCACGCCUGAACCAUGGGAGCUGCCUCUGGCCCCCUCUUUUAAAGCCGACCUGACUCCGCCCAGCCAGAUAUCCCAAGUAUGCCAAGAUCCCUCCACUCCCUAAUUGGGAUCCAGCCCAGACCCUUCCAACCUAGACAGCCCUGAAAACCUAGACCUUUUCCACUGGCACUCCUGCUCAGAGGCGCUCCAUUUUGAAACCCCAACACCUCCCUAGCUUCCAGACCCUACAAGUACAACCCCUCAGCAUAUAGUCUCCCAUCCCCACUAAUGCACUCAAAACUCCCUCCUAUUUCCUCCUGUCUCCUCUAGGAAGGUAUCUCCACUCUGACACCAGAUUGUGAUAUAGAUAGCUCUGUCCCAACCCUAAACCAGUUAAAUAUAACCCACCCCUGGGCAAUAUCCUAGAUUGCACAGACUUCCCACACCACACUCAGGCCUGGUCUUCCCCUAAUUCCAAUCAGACACUCCACUCCCGGUCACCCCCUAAAUGCCCCCAACCCAUCUUUUGACUUGAAAUCUCAGCCAGUUGCCUUCAGACUUUUGAAUCCUUUUUCUGAGCCUCACCCUUGGACACCUAUUCUAGGCCAACCAGUAACCUCAAGCUCAAAAUGUGCAGAUUACCGUGCCCCUCUCCCCAGAUUCUGCACAAUGUCCUAACCCCUAUCUCCAACUUAACCACAGGCAAUCCACCUUCCAGACCCCUCUCCUUACUUCUAAGACUCAGCCCAGCUGCCACUUUCUUUCAUUCUCCACAGUCUUUCUCUCUCUUUGAAUUCCCUGCUGUCCCACCCCCUCACUCCUACCUAGGCCCAUUCCCCCAAUAAAUGUGCUAGAGCUGUG